AUGUCACAAGGGACAGAGAUAGAGAAUCACACAGCCGUGACUGAGUUCUUCUUCUCUGCAUUCCCUGAUUUAGAGGAAGGAGGCCUCCUGUUCUUCAUCCCUCUGCUCCUCAUUUAUGGAUUCAUCAUUACUGGGAACCUGGUGAUCUUUAUAGUCAUCCAGCUGGAUGUAGCACUCCAUACCCCAAUGUACUUUUUCAUUAGUGUCCUCUCCUUCCUGGAAAUCUGGUACACCACAACCACCAUCCCCAAGAUGCUCACCAACCUGAUCAGUGUGCAGAAGACCAUCUCUAUUGCUGGGUGCCUCCUGCAAAUGUAUUUCUUUCACUCUCUUGGGAUCUCAGAAGGCUGCAUCCUGACUGCAAUGGCUGUAGACAGAUAUGUUGCCAUCUGUAAGCCCCUUCACUACCCAACUAUUGUGACGCCUAGGCUGUGUGCCCAGCUCACUGCUGGCUCUUGCUUCUGUGGCUUCCUCCUUGUGCUCCCUGAGAUUGUAUGGAUCUCCACCCUGCCCUUCUGUGGUCCCAACCAGAUUCACCAGAUCUUUUGCGAUUUUACCCCAGUGCUAAAUUUGGCCUGCACAGACACCUCCCUCGUAGUCAUUGUAGAUGCCAUCCAUGCUGCAGAGAUCCUGGCCUCCUUCCUGGUCAUUGCCCUGUCCUACAUCCGGGUCAUUGUAGUGAUCUUGAGUAUCCCUUCAGUUGAGGGGCGCCACAAGGCCUUCUCUACUUGUGCAGCACACAUUGCUGUCUUCCUGUUGUUCUUUGGCAGUGUGGCACUCAUGUAUCUGCGUUUCUCGGCUACCUACUCUGUGUUCUGGGAUACAGCCAUUGCAAUCACCUUUGUCAUCCUUGCCCCUUUCCUCAAUCCCAUCAUCUACAGUUUGAGAAACAAAGACAUGAAGGAGGCUAUCAAGAAGUUUCUCUGUUCUCAGAAGUGA